GCAUCUGCUCUGGGCUGGGCGGGGCAUAGGUGCCAGGAAUGCCGCUGAGAGCAGGACAGCCAGUUCCCCACCCACCUUGCUCUGCCACAGAGACAUGGGAGGGUCAGGUCCUGGCCAUGCCACUCACCGGGGCACCAGGAAGGGCCCCUGGCCUCCACUGUCGUGGCAUCUAUGAUGAGGGUGGUUGCAGGGUGGCCUGGGGGAGCCAGCACUGGAGGCUCUCAGCCCCACACAGGUCCAGGGCUGAAUGGUGGUUCCCAAACAGAUAGGAUCCAGUCGUAGCUGCUGGUCUAUCAGAACGUGGCAUGGGAAUAGGGUCAUUGCGGAUGUAAUUGGCUGGGUGGUCCCACUCCAACGCGAUGGCAUCCUAAGAAGGGCAGCAUAUGGAGACAGAGACACAGGAGAAGCCACGUGAUGGUGGAUAUGGGGGCGGGAGGGGGCGAUGUGGCUGCAGCCAAGGACGCGGAAGCUGGAAGUGUUAGGUGCCUGUGGUCCCAGCUACCUGAGGCAAAGGUGGGAAGGAUUCUCCCAUAGGGCUUCUGGAGGAGCCGUGGCCUGGCUGACAUCCUCAGCUCUCCUGAACUGGGAAAGAAGAAAGGACCAGUUUGAGGUUCCUUGUUUUGGCGGCCCCAGGCCCUGGCACAUAUCCUGUCUGCCUUCCACCUGUGAGUCCUGCUGGGUGCUGGAGGCCAGGAGUGAGGUGAAUGUGGUCUCCCUCAGCCAACUCCCAGCUACCCGCACUGAGGGUGUCCAGGUCUGGAAAACUCACACUGUUUUUCCUCUACUCUCACACCACAAGAAUCAUCAGCACAGAGGAAGACUUCUGUGACCAAAUGUGGCGGGAGAGGGAGUUUCUCACCAGCAUGUGAGCAGUCAGUUCUGCAGCAGACUCGGCUGGGUGUCCUUCAGUUCAGUUCCACCACCGCCUGCCUGGAGAGAGGUCAGACCGCAGGGUGAGGGCUCAGUCCCCAACAUGCAACCACCCAACAACCACCAACGGGUUCACCCCGCCCGCUGCCUAGGCAGAGCCGAUUCACCGAGACGGGAAUUAGGAUCGAGAAAGACAGCCACCAUGCUGCCACUGGACUCACAGCCGGCCCUGGAUGAGCUGCUGCUUCGCAAGGAGGAGGAGUGGAGGGCGUUGCAGGCCCACCGCAGCCAGCUGCAGGAGGCGGCUCUGCAGGACACACGAAGCCAGCUGCAGGAGGCACAGGGGAAACUGCGGUGCCUGCAGGAGGACUUUGUCUACAACCUUCAGGUGCUGGAGGAGCGGGACCUCGAGCUGGAGCGCUAUGACGCCGCCUUCGCCCAGGCCAGGGAGUGGGAGGAGGCCAGGCGGGCAGAGGUGAGCGAGCUCAAGAUAGAGGCGGCUAAGCUGAGGCAGGCGCUAGCCAGAGAGGCCAGGAAGGUGGAGGAGCUGCAGCAGCAGCAGCAGCUGGUGUGGCAGGAGCAUCGCCUGGAGCUGGAGCGCGUCCACAGUGACAAGAAUGGUGAGAUCGACCACCACCGGGAACAAUAUGAAAAUCUAAAAUGGAGGCUGGAGAGAAAACUUGAGGAGCUCGAUGGUGAGCUUGCUCUGCAGAGACAGGAACUGCUGCUGGAGUUUGAAUUGAAAAUGCAGAAGAGGGAGCACGAAUUCCGUCUGCAGACUGACAACAUGAGCAACACAGCCUUGUCCCAGGAGCUCAAGGUUAAACUACUGCACAAAGAGCUGGAGGCUCUGAAGGAAGCCGGGGCAAAGGCUGCAGAAAGUCUGCAGAGGGCAGAGGCCACCAACGCCGAGCUGGAGAGGAAGCUCCAGAGUCGAGCCGCGGAGCUUCGGGACCUGGAGGCCAUGAACUGCGCCCGGGUAAAGGACUUAGAGGAUAAACUUCAUGCUGUGCAGCUAACCAGGAAGAAGGAAGAGGAAACAUUUAAGAGGAAGCAUGAGGAGCUCGACCGUCUAGCCAGGGAGAAGGACGCGGUGCUGGUGGCGGUGAAGGGAGCCCAUGUGGAGCAGCUGCGGGAGCUGAAGGCCAGCGUUCUGGAGCUGCAGGCCCACUGCGAGACCCUCGAGGCACAGCUCCGCAGGGCAGAGUGGAGGCAGGCCGACACGGCCAAGGAGAAGGAUGCUGCCAUUGACCAACUUCGUGAAGAUGUGUCAACUGUAAAAUCUGCCUGGGAUGCUCAGAUUGCUCAACUGUCCAAGGAGAUGGUCUCCAAAGACCUUCAGAUUCAGACACUGCAGGAAGAAGAGGUGAAGCUCAAGGCACAGGUGGCCCGAUCCCAGCAGGACAUUGAAAGGUACAAGCAACAGCUGUCCCUGGCGGUGGAAAGGGAGCGGAGCCUGGAGCGUGAUCAGGUGCAGCUGGGCUUGGACUGGCAGCGCCGCUGUGACGACAUUGAAAGGGACCAGAUCCAAAAGUCAGAGGCCCUGAUUCAGGGUCUCACCACGGCAAAAAGUCAGGUUGCUGCCAAGCUGCAGGAGACAGAGCGGGCGUUACGGGAGCAGGAGGUGGUGCUGAAGGCCGUGACCCUGGAACGAGACCAGGCCGUGCAGGCCCUGAGGAUGCAUGGGCUCCCCGGACCAGGGGCACAGAUGCUCCUCGGGCAGCAUGAAGAAGAAAUAAGUAAAGACUUUCCAUCCAGUGAGAUCCAGCGGCUCCGAGAGCAGAACACGAGCUUGCGAAGCGUGAUUGCCCAGAUGAGGAAAGAAAUGGAGGCUCUAAGCCAUCAGAUUCCUCCUCCCGCCCAGACGGCGGCAGAGAGCACAGAUGCAAACCAGCCUGACCCAAAGGCUGGGGGAGACACCGCCACUCCUGAUUAUGUUCUGGCCCUUGAAGCAGAAAUACGAACUCUAAAGCAUAAGUUUAAAACUCUGGAAGAGCAUCUAGAAGAUGUGCUGGAUCCUUUAAAGAUGUCCUCACCUCGUGCUGAGUCUCAGCCCAGCGUCCGCACCUCAACAGAAAUGACUGGAGGGUCUGUCCAGGCCGGUCAAGCUGGAGGGUCUGUCCAGGCCGGUCAAGCUGGAGGGUCUGUCCAGGCUGGCCCGGUGUCCUCCGGACUGGCACUUGGGAAGCUCGGAGACAGAGUGCAGCUCCUAAACCUGCUGGUGACACGGCUCAGACAGAAGGUGCUGCGGGAACCCCUGGAGCCAGCAGUUUUCCAGCGUGAGCUUCCCCGUGAGGUGGACCAGGUACACCUGGAGGUUUUGGAGCUGCGGAAGCAGGUGGCUGAGCUGGGGAAGCAUCUCAGGAUAGCCCAGCAUGGGGGAGCAGAGCCUUCAGGCAAGAAGCAGCCCCCAGCCUCGGACGCCGUGACCCUAGGGAGAGAGGGCCUCGCCAAGGGAGAGCCUGUGGAGGCCGAGGACCAGGGAGAGCUUUUCCUGCACCUCCGGCCGGUGGCACGCGCCACCCAGACCUUAUCUAUGCACCAACUCCAGAGGAAGCUGAAGGAGGCAGCCAGAAAAAUCCUCAGCCUCCGCCUGGAGAAGGAGCAGCUCAUCGAGAUGGGGAACAGGCUCCGUGCGGAGCUGGGCUGGCCCGAAGGGCGGCCGCCGCACCACGCCUUCCCUCCUGCCCCCGAGGCCCAGAAGCCAGGCGAGGAGCCCAGGAGGCCUUUGGAUCGCAGCCCACCUUUGGGACAGGUGCAGCCCCAUUUUAUAGCUAAGGACGCCAAGAGUGGCGAGGAUGAGUGUCCUUCUGGACAUUUGGGAAAGCACCGGCCCCGCCCAGCACAGGUGGGCAGCAGAUUUGAUGCCCUGCGAGGCCUGAAGACACAACACAGCAUCCACAUGGUGACCGGUAAAUCACCUCAGCAGAAAGAAGACAGGUCCCCAAAGCCACCCCAGGCUCCCAAGCGUCCUGAGGAGCAUGGCCGCCAAUCCCACAGCUCCUCCUCUCUUGCCAGUGGCGCCCUCCAGGACACUUGGAGGUUGCUAGACCUGGGAUCCAGCCCUUCUGGCCUCACCUCCCAGGGUGACUCAACUCCAGGUAGGAGACUGUCCUCCCCAGGAGCUGUCCACAGGUGGCAGCUGGUGGGGGCCACCCUCUCCGAGGGGCAUGUGCAGAGUCAGCACCCUGCAUGCCUCCCACACCCUGAAAUCCCUGCACUUUGGUUGAGUAAUGCAUGGAGUCUCCUUACCUCUCAUUUGGCACCUGAGUGUUUCCCGGGUUAUGGUGCAAAGCCCUGAAGGGCAGAAACCACGCCGCCUCGUAGCGCGGCACUGCCGCCCGGGUGCAUGCUGACGUAGAAUGGAACCUAGGUGAGACGCGCAGGCACUGCUACACUUUAGACAGCCUGGCUCCCGGGGAAGAGCCAGGCCAACCCCAGUGAUGCUCAGCCUCGGGGGCCAGACAAGUGUCACGCCGCAUCCUUGUCCUCAUCCUGCUUUGCUGCACAGACAUCGUCGCCCUGAGACUCUGCUGUGCACCCAAGUCAUAGGCCUGGUAAACUCAGCAGGUCACAGUGCCAGCUCCUGCGAGUGGUCUCAGGAAGUUUUCAGGAAGGUCUAUUUGAAGGGUGCACCUUGUGGGGACUGCAUGGGUCCAUGAUGUAGCGAGAAGGGUGGAGAGAGACAGAUGCUGCUUCAAAGCAGCUAGAGUGGUGGGACAUGCGAUGUGCUGGGGCGGGAGCAUGCGUCCGUCCUGUGUGCCUGUGUGGAGGGCGUCCCCUUCUUACCUUGCAGCUUCUGUCUUCCAUCAUGAGGAUGUGCCGCAUUCAUUUAAGCAUUCUCUCCUUCAUGCGCAUUGUAGGCUAUUUCCAGUCCUUUGCCAUCACAGAUACUGUUAGAAUAGAAACCUUACAGGCUGCAGUGUGUGAAAAUACACGUGUAAGUGCCCCGGCUUGCUUAGUCGAGGCUGCCUGCACACCACGUGUGGGGGACACCAUCGCCUCAGCCUCCACUGCCCACCCGGAGGCUGCUCCCAGCAGCAGCGUCUGAGAGUCACGGAGCCUCACGGAGCUUUUGCUGGUGGCAGGCAGGAUUGGAAUCAGCGCCUCUGUUAGGAGGUCGUGCCUCUUCGUGUGUGUUUAGGAGUUACUUCCUUUUCCUGUUCUUCAGUUCUCUGCCCCUUUGUAUAUUAGAUUGUCGUCUGUCUUACUGAUUUGUAGCAGCUCGUUAUAUGUGAGAGAAAUUCAGCCUUUUCGGUGACAGCAGUGCAAAUAUUUUCUCCCAGUUCUUCAUGUUUUUAAAUGUUUCGUGUGGUGUUUUUUUAUGUUCAUAUUUUCUAUUUUUAUGUAAUUUAAUGUCCUUGUU